GACUUGUUUCUGGAUAUUUUAUGUUACCUGAAACGCGUAAUAUUGAUCGAAAAUCUGAAUACAAGCCUGAGAGUGAACCGUUACUUUAUACGAAACAUAAUAAUCGCUCGGAUGACGUUGGAUCAUCUUCAUCUUUUAUAGAAUUAGUUCUCUCAAUGAUUACAAACACUGUUUCACGAGAGGUUCUUGGCACUGUAAAUGGAAUAGGACAAACAAUAGCAUCUCUUUCUCGUGCUAUUGGACCUGCGUUAGGAGGAACUCUUUGGGCUUGGUCUUUGAAUAAUAAUCUCGGAUUCCCAUUUGAUCAUCAUUUUAUCUUCGUUGUGAUCGCCAAUACAGAUCAAGCCUUUUAUGCAUCAUUACGACCAAAACCUACAGAUCAAGUUUUUUGUGCAUCUUUACGACCAAAUCCUAUUGAAAACUCCUUAACGAAUUUGAAUCAAAUACUAUAA